AAAACAAAUAGCCCACUAUCCAAGUAAAUUGUUAGGCCAGUUUUCACCUUUUAUUAAAAAUAUCUUCUUGAAAUAACUCAGACAGGUGGAACAAGUAAAGAGUUAGUAAAGGAUGACAAAUGUUCAGUUUUGGGUGAACUAAUGUAGCCAAAUUAAACUUUACUGUAAAAUCUUAUUAACAAUGAGUCAUAUAGUUCCUCAGAACCACGGUACAUAUUCACACAUGCGACUCAUAACUAUUGAAAUGUAAGAUUGAUUUCGACGCCUCAAAACGAUUUUCCAUUCUAUUAAUUCCAUUAAACUGCAUGCGCGCACAGCCAACGCACGUCACAAAGCGUUUCCCAUCCUCAUCCAAACAGACCAAACACUUGCUGUCGUUCUGUGUGCAUUCAAUGACUAAACUGUGACCUCAGAACCCGCCGGCAUCACACCCCAUUGAGGGGGUAUAAAAACAGCCUGCAGAAGAACCAGCUCAAUCUGACCGGAGGAAUCCGCCGAGAGUUACCUGAGAAGAUGGCUGAUGAUGGACAUUGCAAAUAUACAUUGUUAUUCGCGCUCAUAAUGCUUUUCAACGUAUCACUGAGCACUUCAGUCAGUCUCGAUUUAACGGAGCUGCGAAAUAAAGUUUCGAAAAUAAAAGUGCAUCCACGUGGAAAUCUUUGGGCAACAGGUCAUUUUAUGGGCAAAAAGAGCAUUUCAAACAGCCAGCUCCAGGAUUCCCCGUUCCCCGUAAAACCAGAUAGGAAUAUUAUGGGAGAAUCAGGGAGUUCAGAGGAUUUGAAGGAGCUCAUCACUCAGGAGAUGCUGAAAAUUGCUCUUCAGGCUCAGCUUGAAGAUCCAAAAAGGACACGAGAUGUUUAUAAUCAGGAUAAAGACUUCAUGGUAAAGCUUAUGAAAAACUUAAUUGAAAAAGUAAAUUUAUAGCGAAAGUGCAAUGGAUUUAAAUGUAAUAAAAUUGACAAACCUUAACAUUGUGUACCAAAUGUAUAUGCAAGUCUGCUUUUAAUGUUUGUUAAAUACUUAUUAAUGAUGUAUUUUGGCAGCAGAAAGUGUCAAAUGUUAUGAAGGCAAAUCAAUAUUUUGCAUUCAGAUGUCUGUCUGAAUAUCCGAAUGAUCGGAUGAGUGAGUGAAUUGAUUAAUAGAUGAGUGAAUGUGUUAAGUAAGUUAUUAAACAAAUCUGUAUUUUGAAAAAUAAAUAUGAAACUGCAAAUCA